AUGCGUGGUCUGUUCACCACGUCGCUCCUUGCGGCGAGCCUCGCUGGCGUCGUACUCGCCCACCCCCAUGAGAACGGGGGCAAGCGCCGCAAGACGCUCGGUUUCGGCCCUGACCGCCCUCACGCUGUGUUCAAAUCCAGCCCAUACGACAUUGCCACCAGCAGCUUCAUCCCGCAAUCCAUCUCCAACGACCCCUUCGAGGUUGCGCGGGUCUUCGUGGACGACCUCCUUCGCGACCAGGAGGCGAACUCGUAUCGCGUGCGGAAGGACUCGUACACGGAUGAGACAACCGGCAUCACUCACGUAUACUUCCGCCAAGUCGUCGACGGCGUCGAGGUAGCGGACGGCGACAUCAAUGUCAACAUCCGCGACGGCAUGGUCCUGUCGUACGGUGACUCGUUCUACAAGGGGCCUCUGUCUGGUUUGCAUGACCGCUCGCUCGUCGACAGCGCACGCUGGCCGCACACGCAACACUGCAACUCGCUCACCGACGAGAUCGUCGCUCGCUACGAUGCGCUUUCCCGCGCUCGGUCCGCGACCACCCAGACCCCUCUCGGCAACGUCGUCGAGGAGAUCGAGGAGGCGCUCUCGCCCCUCGUCAACUCGCACCAUGACAACUGCCUCUACCACGACGUCCCCCACUCGCUUGCGGACAAGUCCAAGGGCGACAUUGAGGGCGCCCUGCUGCAGUUCAUGAUUGCCGCCACGCCGAACGACGACCUCGUCAACGACAUGCUCGCCCGCUACGACGACUACCUCAGCAGGAUGUCGACGCACGCCGUCAACUCGUUCACCGCGGACGAGAGCUCGCACUUUGUCAUUGACAACGUCCCUGACGCGGUCAACCCGGUCAAGGCGAGGAUGGCGUACGUCCAGGUUCCGACUGCGGACGGCAAGAGCACCAUUCUUCGCCCUGUGUGGAAGUUCGAGGUCGAGAUGCGGGACAACUGGUACGAGGCUGCGGUCUCCGCCGAGGUCCCCCACCGCAUCAUCUCCGUCGUCGACUGGGCGUCCGACUCGCCCAUCCCCAAGCCCGAUGAGCCCCGCAAGGCCGGUACCUACAACGUCUUCGCGUGGGGUGUCAACGACCCCGCUGAGGGCAACCGUACCCUCGAGAAGGAGUACUUUGACACCCUUGCGUCGCCCGUCGGCUGGCACUCCAUUCCCUUCGAGAACGACCCGACGUUCGACUUGACGCGGGCGAAGCCCAAGGGCUUCUGGAGGAACACGACGACCACGUACGGCAACAACGUGUUCGCGCAGGAGAACUGGGAGGGUCGCAACGCCUACCUCGACAACUACCGCCCCGAUGCUGGCUCAGACCUCGCCUUCGACUACAAGUACGAGCCGAAGGAGACCGAUCGCACGGACGCUCUCGACGAGGCCAAGGGCUACAUCAACACGACCGUGACGCAGCUGUUCUACACCUGCAACAAGAUCCACGACUUCUACUACCGCUACGGCUUCACCGAGGCUGCCGGCAACUUCCAGCAGUACAACUUUGGCCGCGGCGGCGCGGAGAACGAUGGUGUGAUUGCGAAUGCGCAGGACGGCUCGGGCUACAACAACGCGAACUUCAUGACGCCACCCGACGGCCAGAACGGUCGCAUGCGGAUGUACCUCUGGAACACGAUCAUCCCCUACCGCGACGGCGACCUCGAGGCGGGCAUCGUCAUCCACGAGUUCGCGCACGGCCUGAGCACGCGUCUGACGGGCGGGCCCGCGAACUCUGGCUGCCUCGGCUGGGGCGAGAGCGGCGGGAUGGGCGAGGGCUGGGGCGACUUCAUCGCAACGUCGAUCCGCAGCACGGCCAAGUACUCGGACUACCCGAUGGGCGCGUGGGCGGCGAACCGCGAGGGCGGGAUCCGCAACUACCCGUACUCGCUCAACGAGACGGUGAACCCGUCGACGUACAAGACGCUCGACAAGCCGGGCUACUGGGGCGUGCACGCGAUCGGCGAGGUGUGGGCGGAGAUCCUGUGGGUUGUGCAGCAGCGGCUCAUCGCCGUGCACGGCUUCUCGGACACGCUCUUCCCGCCGCUGCCGGAUGCGGAUGGCAACGUUCCGGAGGGUGACUUCUACCGCCCGCGCGUUGGCAAGAAGCCGCUCGUGCCCAAGCACGGCAACACGCUCUCUGUGCAGCUCGUUAUCAGCGCGAUGAAGCUCCAGCCGUGCCGCCCGUCGUUCUUUGACGCGCGCGACGCGAUCAUCGCCGCCGACGAGGCGCUCACCGGCGGUGAGAACUUCUGCACGCUCUGGAAGGGCUUCUCCGAGCGCGGCCUUGGGCCCGACGCCAAGCUCGAGGGCAGCACGCCGUGGGGCGGAGGGAUCCGCACCAACGACUACGCCCUCCCGACGGCGUGCCGCGACGACAAGAUCUAA